GCGCAGUUAUAUACGCCGGCGGCGGAGCACGCGUGUGUGCGGACGCACUUGCGUGAGGGAUUUCUGCCACCUUUCGCGCCGUGUAGUAGAGCUUGUUCCUCGCCCGCUCAGCCGCGCAGACACUUUAUCCUGCCUUAUUUGGGAAGACUUGAAUUACAAGGUUGACUUGACCAAAGCAAUGGUGAUGGAGAAGCCGAGUCCCCUGCUGGUCGGGCGGGAGUUUGUGAGACAGUAUUACACGCUGCUGAACCAGGCCCCGGACAUGCUGCACCGAUUUUAUGGAAAGAACUCUUCCUAUGUCCACGGAGGAUUGGAUUCCAAUGGGAAACCUGCAGAUGCAGUCUAUGGACAGAAAGAAAUCCACAGGAAAGUGAUGUCACAGAACUUCACCAACUGCCACACCAAGAUCCGUCAUGUGGACGCACAUGCUACACUCAACGACGGCGUGGUGGUCCAGGUCAUGGGGCUGCUCUCCAACAACAACCAGGCGUUGCGGAGGUUCAUGCAAACGUUUGUCCUUGCUCCCGAGGGCUCUGUUGCAAAUAAAUUCUAUGUUCACAAUGAUAUCUUCAGAUACCAGGAUGAGGUCUUUGGCGGCUUUGUCACUGAGCCUCAGGAGGAAUCUGAGGAAGAAGUAGAGGAACCUGAAGAAAGACGGCAGACACCUGAAGCUGUACCUGAUGAUUCUGGAACUUUUUAUGAUCAACCUGUGAGCAAUGACGUGGAAGAACAUUUAGAGGAACCUGUUGCUGAACCAGAGCCUGAUCCUGAACCAGAACCAGAGCAAGAACCUGCAUCUGAGGUCCAGGAGGAGAAGGCCGAGCCUGUUUUGGAAGAAGCUGCUCCCGAGGAUGCUCAGAAGAGCUCUUCUCCUGCGCCUGCCGACCCAGCCCAGACGGCGCAGGAAGACUUGAGGACGUUUUCGUGGGCGUCUGUGACCAGUAAGAACCUCCCACCCAGCGGUGCUGUCCCCGUUACAGGGAUACCGCCCCACGUGGUGAAAGCGCCGGCGUCGCAGCCCCGUCCAGAGUCUAAACCUGAAUCUCAGCUUCCACCGCAGAGGCCUCAGAGGGAUCAAAGAGUGCGAGAGCAGCGAAUAAAUAUUCCUCCCCAGAGGGGGCCUAGACCAAUUCGUGAGGCUGGGGAGCAAGGUGAUGCUGAACCCCGGAGAAUCGUGAGACACCCUGACAGCCACCAGCUCUUCAUCGGUAACCUGCCUCAUGAGGUGGACAAAUCGGAACUUAAAGAUUUCUUUCAAAGUUACGGCAACGUGGUGGACCUGCGCAUCAACAGUGGCGGGAAGUUACCCAAUUUUGGCUUUGUUGUGUUCGAUGAUUCUGAGCCUGUGCAGAAGGUCCUUAGCAACAGGCCUAUCAUGUUCAGAGGUGAAGUCCGUCUGAAUGUGGAAGAGAAGAAGACCCGUGCUGCCAGGGAAGGGGACCGACGGGACAACCGCCUGCGGGGACCUGGAGGCCCUCGAGGUGGGCUGGGCGGUGGCCUGAGAGGCCCUCCGCGCGGAGGAAUGGUGCAGAAGCCCGGCUUCGGAGUGGGAAGGGGCCUUGCUCCCAGGCAGUGAGUUCCUGCCGCCCGGGUCUCCGCCCAGCCUAGAAGCCCAGCCCCUGCAGAACAGAUCAGAACAGAACAGAACAGAACAGAACAGAACAGAGCGGCGAGUUCCGGCAGCCGUCCUUGGGCCCCGGAGUGCGGCCUAGUCUCCUAAUUAGAAACUGCUUCAGUUUGUACAAUUUUACUUCUUUUGUGUUGAUGGUGUGUGCUCCCUCCCUUUCGCCUCUUUCUCUUGGCCUUUCAGUCCUUUCUUCCAAUUCUGUGGAAUGAUAUUUUAGGAGUAACGGAUUUUUAAAGGAGAAGAAGAAGAAGGAAAAAAAAAAGACUGAAUUUCUUUGCUGACUUUGCAUAUACAGACUGGAUUUUUUUUAAACAGCCAUUUCCCCAAAGGAAUGUGUCACUUAUUACUGACAUUUGGUAUGUUUCAUUCAUUGGAAUAUUUCUUACUUAUUUUUUACGUGUUUCAAAAGCCUGUGAGAAGUACAGGAUUUGAUAAACAUUUUGGAGGCAGGUAAAAUCCAGAGAGUCAUGACUAUCUUCUGAUGUUGAAAAUGGUUAUAUGGGAAAUUUGAAAAACUCGAUUCUCACUGAUAUGGUUAAAAACUGAAUAAAAGGUGUUAAUAGAACUUUUCUUUUGAUACUGAUCAUAAAACAGUUCUAAAAUCUAAUGUUUUUACAAUUGAAAUUUAAAUUGUAAGAUAGGUUUUGGAUGUCUAGAAUGCUAUUGAUAGGGUUUUCUUGAACUGUUAGAUUUUUUUGAAGUAGAAUUUUUCAUUUGUAUUUGUUAAAAAAAAAAAAAAAAAAGAAAAAAAUCCUAACCCCUAAAUCUGAAUAACAACCAGAGCAAAACUGUUGUGCCUUCUAUUUAUCUUUGAUUCCACUCUUGGCAAUUGUUUAAAGAAAAAUAAAUCUAGAUUUGUUCUAUUAGGUUCAGAGGUACAAGGAAUUGUAGACACCCUCUUUCUUCACCUUGUAUGACUUCUGUUAACGUUUGUUAUGCCUUACUCUAAACUGAGUCUGAAAGUGGAAUGCCUUUGAGGGCAGAUGUUUCUGUGGAGGCUCUUUGACCCAAAUAGCUGAGCAUUUGUAUUGUUUAUUUUGGUGUCUAAUGAGAUUCCUGAUCAUAGUCCAUGAGAAAGAAUGUGACUUCGACAUUGAACUUAUCUGAUGUGCUCAAGUGUCUGCAGUUUUUUUUUUUUUUUCUUUAAAUCAUAGCCAUAUGGUAAAUUUCCUAUUUUGUUAUGGUUCUCUUUUACUGAUGGGCAUGCAGUGGGUGUUUCUUGGAAAUGGCCAAUUUUUAUUAAAAUAUUUCUGGAAGAAAAUUUAAUUUGGCAAUGUAGACUAAUAGUACUCAUUUUACAUAGUUACGUUAUUUGUUGAGUGCUGUGUGUGAGGUGGGUGAAGGUUUUAUUUACAUGUGUGAAACCCUUGUGUGGGAACUUGUCAUUACUUAGGGCAACCAGGUUGGUGGAGUUUAACUUAUUGUCUUAGUAGCAAUGUUCAGCCUGAGGACUUUUGUUUGAGGAUAGUGUGGAAUAGAAAUAGGAAUGUUUUGUUUUGCUGUUAGUGCGCAGCUGUAGGCUUGCUGUGAAAGGAAUAGCUAAACUUCAGUGUAACAGUAGCAGUUUGGGCCCAGUACCUUCAGCACACACAUGUUGGUAGCGUUUCCUUCACAGAAAGAGCCUGAGUAGCUCAAGUCAUGUGGCUGUUUUGGGUCCUUUGGAGUAACUUGUGAUCAUUUCAUUUGGCCCAGGCCAGUGAUAAUUGGAAGGACAUCAGUUUGUAUCUCUGUAGCUUAUAUUAAGCUUGUGGAAAAAUGAAAAACGUUAGCGUGUGUGUGUGUGUGUGUGUGUGUGUGUGUGUGUGUUACUAUUAGUAAUUAAACCCAGGGCCUUUGCACUGAACUUUUCCCCAGCCAUUUGUAUUAUUUGUAGGCAGGCUCUUGCUAUGUGGCUAAGUGGCUCAGGCUGGGCUUGAACUUGAUCCUUCUGCCUCAGCCUCCCAGUGUGCUGGAAUUUCAGAUGGAUGCCACCACCAUCACUACUACUGGCCAUGGGUUACUUUUCAAAAAAAAAAAAAAAAAAAAAAAAAAAAACACACACACAAAACUUCAAGGUCAUUUGGAAAUUAUUUUUGUCACUUGAAUACUUGAUUGAUUUUUUUUUUUCUCUAUUUACAAAUAAAUUUAUCCUAAGGAGAGGUUUAAGGGCACUCACGAGGGGUGGCGUUAAACCGCAUCCUGGAGGACAUUCGCAGGUUUGACAUUCAGGGGGCGGUGGGGGUGCGACGCCACCUGUGACUUGCAUGGGGAGGACCAAGCAUCCUCAAUGGCCUGUGAAAGUGGAGCAGAGUGGCGGGAGGGCAGGCUCAGCGCUGAGGAAUGUCGGUCUUGGGAAUUCCCGAGACAUCUGCUCUAGGAAUGUCUCCCUUCCUGUGACUUGCAUGAAACUGUGAGUGUGUGUGCGAACUUGAGUGUGUUUAAAUGUGGAGGGGGCAGCCGUGUGCAGGGAGUCGCUGCAUCAUCUCAGCAUCCUGUUCCUCCAUAGCUUCAAGUCCUCAGCAUUGGCUUGGGUGUGGUUGUGCGCUCUGGGUAGUAUUAGACCUGAGAGGUGGGUUUUACCUUUGUGCCCAGCACUCAGUCCUAGGACCCUUGUGUACAUUACCGAGUGUAGGAUGGUACCAGUGCUUAGGGAGGCAUGCAUCCACACAGCUAGGAAGCAGAAGUUAAGUACGGGCGACAGUGUCUGUGAGAUGCCACAUCAUCACACCCAGCCUUUGCCAAGGUUGAAGUGAAAGUGCUCAUCUGUAACAUCAGAGUAGUUCUUUGCUCCUGAGCGUCAGACCCUUGACCCAUGAGUGGUUUUUUUUUUUUUUUUUUUUUUGUCUUUUUCGUUAUCGGUACCGGGGAUCGAACUCAUAACUGCCUGCUUGCAAGGCUUAUGCCGCUGAGCUAAAUCCCCAGCCCCGACCCAUGAGUGUUUUAACUAGAUCAGCUUGGUUUGGUUCAGUGGAUUUCGGAUGUUUUAAAAAUCUAUUGAAAAUAUAUAGAUCUUGACCUACCACAAAUAUUUUUGCUUUCCAGAUGAGGUUGACAGCCCUUCCUUAGGAGCAAUGAAAAGGAUAAUUUAAAAUAAUCACCCCACUGAGAUUGAGUGAGUGACCGCCACAGCCUUAGUUCAGCCAUGCUCAAGCCAGCCGUGAUUAUAUGACAUUAGCCGUAAAAUACCAGCUGGAAGACAUGGCACCAGAACAGUUACAGGGCCAGGCCUCAAGGUCAUCCAUAUAGGAAGGAACAGAUUGUCCUUCAAAAGUGUUGCUUUUCCUUUAGAACCACAGUAUCUACCUUUUUACCUGUGGGUGAGUAGGCUACUUUUUUCUUUCUCUUUUUCUUCCCUUUAAGACAGGGUCUCCCUAUGUAUCCCAGGCUGGCCUCAGACUCCUGCCUCUCCUGUCUCAGCCAGGUCCUCGUGUUACAAGUAUGCAUCACUCGGUCUGGCUUGAGUAGCACAUCCCGUAAUAAAAUUACUACUGUGGAGAGACCUUAGUCUGGAGGAUACUCAGAACAAGUUCAGCAUUGCAAGUCUGAUCUUGUGUUUGGUACCAGGGCUUGAAUUCAUGACCUCGCACUUGCCAGGCAGGCGCUUAUGCCGCCAAGCUAAACCCCCGGGCCCCUGCUCUUCAUUUUCUUGAGAGCAAGUAAGAAUACUGAAAUUGUAUUUUAUGGUAGGUCUCCUUUUGAUGUUUGUAAAGCCUAUGUGGUAGCAGUGGUUUCUUCUUAAAAGUUACUUUCUUAAUCUGUUUUACAUUUAGUACAAAUUUGAAAUUUGGAUGUGGGUGAUCACAGUAUAUUGUAAGUCAAGUGAGUUUAAAGGUUUGCUUGAUACUUCAUAACCACCAUCCCUGGAUAAUUCUCUGUACAAACUUUCUUUUUGGAAAACCCUUGUAGAAAUUAGUGACGUAGUGGGAAAGGGUUGCACUUUAUAGGAAGCAGUUAGGAUAGAAUCUGUGAAGCUUAGAUUUGUAGACCAUGGUUUAUGCUGAGUGAAUUAGUUCUUUAAAUAGUUUUAUUUGUCGUGUCUACUGAUCUGUUUCAUUUUUGUGCUAUUUAAAAGAGUCUCUGUGAAAUUACAUGCAAAUGAGAUAAUUGACUUUUAGUUCAGCAUUUUUUAACUUUGUAAAGAGGGAAUUUCAAUAUUUAUUUGAAUAUGGGUUUUACCUGACUGCCAAAUUUACCUAAAGUAGGCAGUGGACAGGGAACCUUCCACACUGUUUUAGGAAUGUUUCAGCAGUGUCUGUGGGGUUUGGGUAGGUUAGAGCUGCUGGUCCAUCAAUGGCCAUGUGAGAUCAGAUGACAGUCAAGUCAAAUCGUUCUGAUUUUAAGAAGCCUUUGGGUUGCUUUAAAAAAUACCUUCGGGGCUGGGGAUUUAGCUCAGUGGCGUAAGUGCCUGCCUGGCAAGCACGAGGUCAUGAGUUCGAACCCCAGUACCGCCAAAAAAAAAAACAACAAAAAACUUUCGGGGUUUGUAUUUGUCCACUGUGAUGUUGAGGUUUGGGGACCAUUGGUAGACUUGUGUGGGCUCUUGUUGAUAGUAAAGGUGAAAUGGCAGCACGCAAGUGAGAGAAACGUUUCUGUUCGUGUGUGUGUGUGUGUGUGUGUGUGUGUGUUGUGUUGUUGCGUUUUUUUGUAACGGAAGUUGAACUCAUGACCUCACACUUGCCAGACAGGCACUGUGCUGCUGAGCUAUGUGUCUGGGCCUCUCUUCAUAGUCUUAGUGUAUGUAGCUCAAACUAAUGCAAAACUUCAUGUAAUAGCCACAGAGUAUGUUCUGGACGAGUAAACUUGACUAGAAGUCCCAUAACUAAUCCUCAUAACUAGUUGCAGUUUUGAUAUCCUUUUUGUGCAUUGGCUUAGAAUCGAGGUUCAUUUUUUAAGGUAAAUUUGGCUUGUUUUGAAAACUUAGGGCAGUCUUUUUCCUCUCCACUUUCUGACUUGAAGCUAGUAGCUUUUUUUUAGGUCCAUGGAAGAAAGAAUAAUACUGGGAGACAGUUCCACCUGAACCGCCGUUAGAAACCAUAUGAACAUAUAAACUAAGAAAUCCGUGCGUGUUUAGUACUUUGAAAUAUGUCCCAUAUUUAUAAGGGAUAUGCUGCGUGUGACUUAGGUAUUUCCCCUUUCUCUAAAGUAAAUUAAAAAUGAACAAACAUUCAUACUUUAGAAAUACUUUACCAAACAUUCACUUUAGUUACUGGUUCUGUCUAAGCUUUGUUGUCACCUGUUUCACUUUUGGAUCUGUUUACAGUUUAAAGUUUCAUUAGGAAGAUGGUUUGUACACUGAUAGUGUCCUUUUAAAUGGAGACAUUGUACCAAGAAGCAAGCAUAAGGACUUAGGGGAGAAGACAGCCCCCCAUUAACAUUUGGUGCACAUUAACUUGAGUAGCUAUAGGACAUUUCAAAAGUAAACUCUUGUAUAGAUAGACAUGGCAUUUUUAAAAGAUGGAGGGUGGAGGUGGGAUUUAGCUGAGAGAAUAGAAGUUUGUGAUUUAUAUAAAAAAAAUUGUAUUUUUGAGAAAAAUCAGGAUAUUUCCUUAAAAGUUUCCUUCCCUUUCUGAUUAUUACCAGAGUGAAUGGAAGAGACCCCUGGAAUGUCUCAGUCAUAAAUGGCGAUGCUGGGAGCGGGAGGAAGAGGUGGCUUACACGAGUCCCAGCUCUGCCUACAGAAGACACGCUGGGGCGGGCUAGGCUCCCUGUAGGAAGGCCAGAGCUGCUAAAGCUGUCAGGACGUGGGGAGAGAAGGGAAGGCACCAGGUUUUUAAUGUUGACCCCGUUGGUUCUCUUUGCUUCCAUACCCAGGUUUUCUCUGUUUCCUUAGGACUGUCUUAAUGCCCGGCUCUAUCAGGGCUGCUUGUCCAAGGACAGGACUACUGCUCCCCUCAGGGAUGGGUUUACUACUAGCUCUCAGAAGGCUAUUGAGUAUCCUGAUGUUUAAUAGCUGAAACUCAGCUGUAAUUUUCUCCUGACCACUGCAGCGUUUUGUAUUCUGUACAUCAUGGUGCUUUUCCACCUUGUUAUAACUGUAAGCUCCUAGGGGGCAGCAAUUUGGUCUUAGAUGUGUAUGUUUUUAGUGCCUGGCAGUACCCAGUGUGUAUCCGGGUCCUCAGAUUCCUUUCCAGGUGUUUCUCUCGUUCUUCAUGGAGAUGAUGCUCCAGCAUGCUCGACCACUGCUGGUCCCUCAGUGAGGCUGCCCUGGCUGAUUCCAUGGAUUCAAGUGCCUUCUCUUCCCUGAAGACACACUUGUGUGCGCAGCACGUUUCCCAGUCUCUUCAUCAUCCAAGUCAGUUUUUUAGAGAUUGAGUGGAAGAGCUGUUUGCACCCCAAAAGAUUUGCAGCAGGAAUAGGGGAGCUCUUGGGGAACUACUGAGUCCAGAUUUGAAAUGAACACAUUCAUUCUACCUACUCCCAUCGUGUCUCUCCUGUUUAGGCUCUGUCCUGGCCUUCCUAGUGUAAGCAGUGUGUCCCUGGAGCGCUUUAUACUUCUCUCAUAAACCAUAACGUAGCCCUUCAGCCUAGAGUUAGACUGUGAGUUCCAGGUGAACAAGGACGGGGGAGGUGGUUCACCCCUCCUUUCUAGCAGAAGAUGCAGUUCCUUACCUUGGAGUCCCUGAGCGACAGCUGAGUUGAGUCAUGAUUUUCUGGUUUUUUCAUACAUGGGAAGCAUCCCUGGAGAAGGACAUCUCAGUGGAGGGAAUCAUUGGGAAGGUUUUGGGGGUGGCCACAAGAGCACAAGGUCGCUGGCUGUUGGCCAUCCUUCAUGCCUGGCCCGGGUGCUUGGCCUUCACGCGGAGUGGUUCUCAUAGUUGCUUCCUUGCUCUUCGGUUCCUCGUGUCACCCGUGCAGUGCACAAGUGCCGUCUGCUUCCCUUUCUGCUGCUGCCUACACCCAGUUUCCAGCUGCAUCUUGUCAUUUUACCUCAACAGGCUUCCACUUCUUUUUCAUCUGUACGUAAUUGGGAUAGUUUUCGGCUUGACACCCCUCCUCUUACUCUGGCUUGUUUUCUACACUGUUAGAUUCAUCUCACUGAAAAUGCACCCCUGAUCGUGUAGCCCCCGUGUGUUCCGUCUCCCCCGUUAGACUGUAAGCUCCUUACGGGCAGGGUCUGUGUGUCAUCCUUGUUAUCCCCCGUAGCACCUACCAAUAAAUUUUUCUUGAAUAAACAA